AUGGAGCGGGCACAUCAGAUUAACCCCUUCGCCAAGCGCGACUCUCAUAGCAAGAACUCGAUCCUCACGUACAAAAUCCUCACAAUCGUAACCUGGCUGCUUUCCAUCAUCGUCAGCUUCUACUACACCUUCAACAGACCUCAUGAUGGCGCUUGGCAAUGGCAUACGAUCUGGGAGCAGAACGACUUAUACCCUACGGCGUUCCGGAUGAACCACAUCAUUGCGAGCAUCUACUGGAUUGUACUUUUUGUGCUUCAGGGAGGUUAUAUCGUCCAUCUGUGGUCUGGAGACGCUGAGAAGCUCAACGCUGCUUGCGCUGUUGGGAGCCACUUCAUCCUCAACAACCUUUUCCACUUCGCCUUUGUCAUGCUUUUUGUGCGCAGCUACUUCGGCUGGGCUGAGCUGUUGGUUAUUGUCAACUUUGCCAACCUGACAUCGCUCUACUUCCGCCACCCUGGCUAUGCUCGAUUCAUACACGAGGCCGUAGUCUCCGGACCGCUGGCGUGGACAUUUGUGGCCAUCUACUGGAAUGGCGCAAUCAUGGUACCACACCCAGCUUCCUUGGUUUCCAGAAUCUUUGGAAAUAUCUUCAUUUGGUCCAUCCUUGUCUACGGGUUGUUCUUCAUCGUGACCUAUAAGGAUUAUACUAUGGGCUUCAACCUCAGCGUUAUCGCAGCUGCUAUUGGCGUUGGCCAGUUUUUCAGACAGAUCAUCGCAUUCCAGUGGAUCUUCGCCUUCACUAUCAUGGCUACACUGUUCGUUGCGACGGUUGCGAUCGCAAUUCCUGCUGCGACUGGAAAGGACUUCGGUUGGCAAAGACGUCAAGAAGCCGACACCGAACGUGCUCCUCUCCUUGGAGACAACUAA